UUGUAGCCUCGUAAACCGGAAAUGAAUAUUAAUGUGGCGCUCCGGUGCAGUAAGCGGAUUAGCAGCGUAGCGAUGGCUGGAGACACAGAGGCUGAAAUACCUGAAACGGGAGCCGUGUUCACGUUCGGCAAGAGUAAAUUCGCAGACAACGUUCCCAGCAAGUUCUGGUUAAAAAACGACGUGCCGUCAAAGCUCGCAUGUGGAGACGAACACACCGCACUGAUUACAGAGAAAGGGAAAUUGUUCAUGUUCGGCAGUAAUAACUGGGGACAGCUUGGCCUGGGCGAAAAGAUCAGUGUGAGCGUACCGACUUGUGUCAAAGCCUUGAAAUCGGAAAAGGUCAAGCUUGUCGCUUGUGGAAGAACUCAUACGCUUGUUUACACGUCUUGCGGGAACCUAUACGCAGCAGGCGGGAAUAACGAAGGACAGCUCGGUCUUGGAGACUUUGGGGAAAGAACUUCGUUCCAGCUGGUGGACUUCUUUACCAAACGUGGACCAAUCAAGACGCUCGCAGCCGGUUCCAACACAUCGGCUGCUAUUACGCAGGAUGGGAAGUUGUACGUGUGGGGCGACAACUCGGAAGGGCAGAUCGGCCUCGGAAAAGAGGAAGGGACGUCCACGCCACGUGAGCUUAACGUGGGGAGUCGGGUGACGUGGGUUUCCUGCGGUUAUUAUCACUCUGCUUUUGUAACAGAGGACGGGGCAUUAUUUACCUUCGGAGAGAGAGACAGUGGGAAGCUGGGACUGUCCACAGCGCAGUUGUCCGAUCACAAAGCGCCUCAGCGCGUGGAGGGCAUCGGUGAACGGGUGCUGCAGGUGGCAUGCGGGGGAAGCCACACACUGGCACUCACAGAGAAACACCUCUAUUCUUUCGGUCUGGGGCAGUUCGGCCAGCUGGGUCACGGCACCUUCACCUUCGAGUCGCAUUUGCCAAGAGCGAUGGAACAUUUCCGCAGGGGAAGAGUAAAGCAUAUCGAAUGUGGAGAAAACCACAGCGCCGUUCUCACAGAGCGAGGACUUCUAUACACGUUUGGAGAUGGCCGUCACGGGAAAUUGGCUCUAGGAGAGGAGUACUUUGCUAACCAGUUCAAACCGACACUCUGUCCACGAUUCCUCGAAUACAACGUUCAAGCUGUUACCUGUGGUGGGUGUCACACGAUAGUGUUAGCCAAACCUCGGCUCCCAAAGUCAGAAGAUGUGAUCCUGGAGGAGGACGACGUGACUGAAGACCAUCUAGAGAAGCUGCUCAGGGAGGCGGAGUCUCGACAUGGUCUGAACAGGAGUCUGUCAGCACGGGACAGACGCAGAGAGAGGAAGCGCUCUCCCGAACAGUUUGGGAUGAUGUUCCGGACUCUUCCACCUCUGAGUUCAGCUCACCGUAAUGCAUCUGUACCUGUUUCUAGUCAGACUUUCCCCUCACAAACAAGCAAGAAAACUACAAACGGCUUUCAGACUAAUGGGAUUUACAGCAGCACCGUCCAUGGGAAGACUGCGGUUGAAAACCAUGAGGAUGAUGAGAGUGAAGAUUUGGGAGAAACGGCCGAUUUAUUAAAUUUAACUCACGUAAUGAAGAUGCAUCCUGCGGAGAAGACAAUUACUUUUUCUCCUGUUCAGAAGAAGAAGGUUAAAGCUGGUGAAAAGCACAGUAAGGUGGUGAAGCAGCUUAUACACGACCCUGAGUGGGCGGGGCUUAGUUCAGACCAAGCCCCGUCUUCCGAUUUACGGACAAGUCACGUCGGCGAGUCCGGGGAACCGAGCUGCCGUAGCAAUCGAAGGAGCGCUGUGAAGGAAAGUAGGCUUGUAAGGGGUCCAGCUAAUGAGCUUAGAGAUAAAUCAGAGAGCCAUCCAAAGUCUAAGCCUGAACCGCAAAGACAAGUCAUUGACAUUGAACCUAAAAGUAAAGCCCAGAUAGAUCAUAAGGUAACGGUAAAAGGCGCCGAGACAGAGACUGAGAAGGAAGUUUACGAAUCGGAAGGUUUUAAACGAGACGAUUUGGACUCUACAGGAUCCAAAGCAAGGCCAGUGGACAAAAGAUGGCGACGAGCCACAGAGGAAAAGAAACCGAGAAAGGGUUCUGCUCGAGUCACACGAACGAAAAAAAUCCUACGUACAGAGUCUGAAAGCAAAGUGCAAGUGAAACACAAAGCUACAGCUGUGCACAGCAAAACACCAGACAAUACCAGGGAGACAUGGGGUGGCAGCUCUAGUAGUGAACAGUCUUACCAGGCACAGAGGACUCAGAAGACUCAGUCCACCAAACCCGAGCGCAACCUGGACACACAAAAGAAACGUCUCGGCGCAGGGGGUUCAUCGGACAGUGUAAGGUCUGGCUCUCUCGCGGGGGUCGCGUCACUCACGGAAGACCUGCCCAUCGAGAGUCCUGAGCGUCCUCUGGAAGACGUCCUCUCCAGCCAGUUCCUGUCCCGAACUCCUGAGCAGUGUCCGAACACAGUGGACGAACAGACUCUUUCUAUCAGUGAGAAUCCAGAGAAGACAGCGAGCAAAAGGACAGCAGUUACUAUUACUGUAAAGCCUGUCCCUGCAGCUUCGGAUGAGGAGACUGAGAAGAGCAUGUCUCAGUGUCAGUCUGAGGACAAAAUGGAUGAGAAAAGAGAGAGUGGAAGAGGACGAAUUGACCAAGUGGAGAGUGUUGGCAGGGAUGAUCAUGAAGAGCGAGAUAAGGAGAGUAAGACAGAGCCGGAGGAGGAAUCCAGCAGUCAUGUUAUGGAGGAAAGAGAGAAUGCAGAAGUAGGUAAGACUCAGCAAGAUGAAGUAGAAAGCAAAAUGAGUGAGCAAGAGGGUAGUAAAGAAAUGGAUGGACGGAUAGAGAGCCAGAGCAGUAAUUCAGAAGGAGAGAAAGGGAGUUCUAAAUCUGAAAACAUUUGCAACACUAAAGAUGAUUGCAGUGAGGGGGACAAGAGUGAGGAUGAGAGUGAGGAGGAGGGAGCAGGCGAAGAAGAUAGUUCUGAGGAGGAAAGUGUGUCUGUCAGAAACGAGAAGACCGAAGAGGAAAGUGGAAAGGAAAGCGAGACAGUGGAAGACAUGACAGGAGGUAGGAAUGAGAAAGAAGAACAGGAGAGUGGGACGGAAGAGAAGGAUAGUGAAGGGAAGAGAAAGAAAUGGAAAGUAAAGACGGAGAGGAGAGAGAGUGAUGAUGAAGAAGAAGGUAAAGAUGACACAGAGAAUGAGGGAGUAGAAGAAUCUGUGCAGGAGAACGAAGACGCUGAAGAUAAAAAAGAGGAAGAGAAAAGAGGGGAGGAUGAGGAUGGCGAAGCAGAAGGAGACCCAGAAGAGAAUGACGAGAUUGAAAAUGAAGAGCCCACUGCCCUCAUCAUCUUCCCUUCUAAUCAUCCGCAGUUCAGCGAUGACGAGACCACCGGAGAAGAAGACGAAGAAGACCCCGAGAAAGAUGAUUUGGACGAGGGAAAUGAUGAGCAAAAGGAAGAGCCGGUGGAAAAAAUGAAGGAUGGAGAGAUCCAGUUAAAUGCUCAGGUCAAGAACAAUGUGGAACCAGUCACUGUUCCUGACAGACCAGACAAAGAUCCUGAGGAUAAACACAUUUCUGGUCCACUUAUUGAGGAGAAGCUGCAAAAGCAAAAUGAAGCCAAGCUGGUGAAACCAAAGAGCUUGUUUGGAUCCAACAGCAAGAUCUCUUUUUUCCUGCGGAGGUCCUCCACCAAGAAGGAGAAACCGAAAGCCCCAGUGGAGGAACCCAGCCGCGCUGAGAAAGUCUCCAGCUCUGACAGUGGUGAUGUAGAACGCGGCGUUGAAUCGUCUGACUCUCAGCCGGUCCGGUCCAGCUCGGCCACCUGCGCUGUGCUCUGACACCACCGAAAACCAGCAGAAUCUGGUCCUGCUUCUGAAGGAUGUUUCCAAGUAUUAGUACAAGAAAAUGACAAAAAUGAAAAUAUUUGAGAGGAAUAAAGCAUUUUGGAAACCUGGAUUCAACUCCAACCGCCGUAAUGUGCCUUGGAAAUCAAAUUCUUCACAAACUUUGACCUUCUCAAUAGAUCUGAUCCAUACAUACAUACAUACAUACAUCCAUCCAAAGCACUGUACAUUGCCAUAUUGAUUUCUGGGUUUCAUAUCUGUUUUAUUUUGUGUUAUUUCUGUCAUCGCAUCCUUACGCUCGAUAGUCGCUUGCGUCGGAAAUAUAUGACCGCAUAUAUAAUGUAUUUUUUUUAACUAUUUAUUUAUCAUGUAAAAUAUUACAGCACCUUUGCACUUUUGACUGCAGGAACAUUUCAUUGUCUUUCAAUGUUUUCGUUUUCUCAUUUGUUGUAUGACAAAUUGUAUAAACUUUAUAACAAUUAAAAGGAAAUACAUUGAAA